AUGUCGUCGCUGCCACGAAUUGAUUAUUAUUUCGAUGUUGUCUCCCCUUUUGCUUAUAUCGGAUUUGAAGCUCUUCAUCAAAUUGAGAAGCAAUGGAGUGGAGUGACAGUAAAGUACAUUCCAUUUUUCGUCGCCGCUGUUAUGAAAGAGUCCGGUAAUUCGACGCCGGCUUCGGUUCCAGCGAAAACCAGAAUGUUUGUGGCAGAUGCGAUUCGAAUGGGAAAAUAUUGGGAUGUUCCAAUUAGAACCAAUCCGAAAUUUAUCGAAUGGCUUUUGACGUAUAAUACACGACGUGCUUUGCGAAUUCUAUUGGUCCUACAGGCUGAGGAUGAAGAACUCAUGAAGAAAGCUGCUCGCGAAAUGUGGCUCCGUUUGUGGUAUCGCCGCGAAAAGAUAUUCGAAAACGCCGAUUUUGAGGAAAUUCUCAAAGCGGUUGGGGUGAAUAACAUUCAAGAAGUCAUUGACAAAUCGGAAUCGCCGGAAAUCAAGAAUAAGCUAGCGGAAAACACGAAAACCGCUGUUGAUCAAGGGGCAUUCGGAACACCGUGGAUUGCGGUGCACACAACCGAUGGCAACACCACAAACUUCUUCGGCGGCGAUCGGUUUCACUUGAUCGCUGAGCUUCUCAACCAGCCACACCCACUACCGGAGAAGUAUUUGGCGAAACUUUAG